AUGAAUAGAUAUGAUUAAGCAUUAGUAGAUUAUGAUUUAGCUAUUCAAAAAAACCCAGAAAAAGCCAACUAUUAUCAUGGAAAAGGUAUAAAUUGUAAUGAACUUUUUUUUAGCAAAUAUUUUAUCCUAAAUGAAGAGAUAUGAGGAAGCAUUAAAAUAUUAUGAUUAAGCAAUUCAGAGAGACCCUGAGAAUUCAGACUAUUAUUUAGGCAAAGGUAAGAACUAUGAUGAAUAUUUUGUUAGCAAAUGCUUUAUUCAAAAUAAACAGACAUUAAGAAGCUUUGGAAUAUUUAGAUUCAGCUAUUCGAAAAAACCCAUAAAAAGCUAACUUAUAUCAUUGCAAAGGUAUAGAUUAUGAGUUAUUUUUUCUCAGCAAAUGCUUUAUUUAAAAUGAAUAGAUAUGAAGAAGCAUUAGAAUAUUAUGAUUAAGCUAUUCAGAAAAAUCCAAACAAUACAGACUUUUAUAUUGGCAAAGGUAAGAACUAUGAUGGUAUUUUUUUUUAGCAAAUACUUUAUAAAAAAUUAAUAGAUAUGAAGAAGCAUUAGUUUAUUAUGAUUCAGGUAUUAAGAAAAACCCAGAAGUCGCUGAAUAUUAUAAUGGCAAGGGUAUAAAUUAUGAUGGAUAUUUUAAAAAGCAAAUACGUUAUACAAAAUGAAUAGAUAUAAAGAAGCUUUGGAAUAUUUUGAUUAAGCUCUUUAACGAAAACCAAAUGAUGCUCAUUAUUAGAAUAAUAAAGGUACAAGUUAUGAGGAAUAAUUUAUGAGCAAUUACUUUACAAUAGUUAAAUAGAUAAGAAUAAGUCUUAGUUUAGUAUGAUAAACCUAAUCAGAAAAACCCAUAAAAUGCAGACUAUUAUUUAGGCAAAGGUAUUAAAAAUGAUUAAUUUUUUUUAGCAAAUAAUUUAUCCUUAAUUAAUAGAUAAGAUGAAGCCUUAUUAUAGAAUGAUAAACCUAAUCAGAAAAACUUAGAAACUGCAGACUAUUAUUAAGGCAGAGGUAUUAUAAAUGAUGACUAUUUUUUUAGCAAAUAUUUUAUCCUAAAUGAAUAGACAUUUAGAAGCUUUAGAAUAUUAGAAUGUGGCUAUUCAGAGAAACCCUUUGAAUUCAGACUAUUAUUUAGGGAAAGGUAUAAUAUUUGAUGAAUAUUUCUUAGCAAAUAUUUUAGAAAAGAUGAAUAGAUAUGAGGAAGCAUUAGAAUAUUAUGAUUAAGCUAUCCAGAAAAACUCUGAGAAUUCAAAAUGUUAUUAAGGCAAAGGUAUAAUAUUUGAUGAAUAUUUCUUAGCAAAUAUUUUAGAAAAGAUGAAUAGAUAUGAGGAAGCAUUGGAAUAUUAUGAUUAAGCUAUCCAGAAAAAUUCUGAGAAUUCAGAAUGUUAUUAAGGCAAAGGUAUAAUAUUUGAUGAAUAUUUCUUAGCAAAUAUUUUAGAAAAGAUGAAUAGAUAUGAGGAAGCAUUAGAAUAUUAUGAUUAAGCUAUCCAGAAAAACUCUAAGAAUUCAAAAUGUUAUUAAGGCAAAGGUAUACAUCUACAUCAAUAUUGCCUUAGCAAUUACUUUAGAAAAAUUGAAUAGAGUUGAAGAAGCAGUUAAAUAUUAUGUUUUAGCUAUUGAGAAAACUACAAAUGUAAGUCUAAUUAUUUUUAAUUUAAUAGGAAUAACUUUAAAUUUAAUGAAUCGAUUAUUG